CAUCCCAACUGAUAAUAAUAUUUUUCUUAUAGUACACAUUGAUUUAUAUUAUUAUGAAUAAUAUUUUUCAUUGAAUAGGCAUAAAAGAAGCCACAAGGUGGAGACUUGCGAAAUACUCCACCUUUUAUUAGUAGUGCUACUUCAUUUGGUAUUUUCUAUUUUCACAUAAGAAUACCAAUCAUCUUUUUACCAACUUAAUUGACCUACUGCCCUUCCCCAAAGGCUAUUGCAUUGACUCAGACUCCUGUUUCUUAAAUUUCCCUACAACCAUUUCAUAUAUUAAUAAUAAUAAAUUAAUAAUUAUUAUAAUUAGAAUUAUAAUUUUCUUCAUUUAUCUGUCUAUACCUUGAGAAAAAUCUCUGUUCAUCAUCAAUGGCUUUCAAAAUCAUCCUGAAUGUUUUAGUUUUCUUAUUCUGCACCUUCCCACACACAACCAUUCAAGCUCAGAAUAAUUCAAACCAAUUCAUGUAUCAAAAUUUCCAGAAUGCCAAACUUCAUACAGAUGGAGCUGCAAAAAUCCACUCUAAUGGCUUGUUACAACUAACAAACUACACAAAACAGCUAACAGCUCAUGCUUUUCAUCCAAACCCACUAAACUUUUCAUCUUCAAAAUCUUAUUCAUUUUCUACCACUUAUGUUUUUGCCAUGUACCCAGAAAUUCAAGCCAUUAGUGGCCAUGGAAUUGUGUUUAUUCUUUCCCCAAAAAUGGAAUUUCCCACUGGGGUUCCUGGAAAGUUUUUUGGUAUCUUUAAUUCUUCAUCAGAUUUUAAACCUUCAGAUAAUAUUUUUGCUGUGGAAUUAGAUACCAUUCAGGAUUAUGAAUUCAAUGAUAUUGAUAGUAAUCAUGUUGGUAUUAAUAUUAACAGUUUGAUUUCGAAUGUAUCGGCUCCUGCUUCUUAUUUUUCUGAUGUCGAGAAACAGAACAAAAGUCUUAGUCUUAUUGGUGCAAAACCAAUUCAAAUUUGGAUUGAUUAUAAUCAUAAAUCCAUGGUUGUUAAUGUAAUAAUGGCUCCUCUUGGAAUGGAUAAACCAAGUAGGCCAUUGUUAUCCUUUCAUGUUAAUCUUUCUGCCAUUGUUAAGGAAAUAAUGUAUGUGGGUUUUACUUCCUCGACUGGGUCAGUGGCUAGUAGUCACUAUCUGCUUGGGUGGAGCUUUGCCCAUGGUGGAAAGGUCGCUCAGAGCCUUGAUUUAUCGAAACUUCCUAAGCUUCCUCGGUAUGGAAAUGGGAAGAAAUUAAGUGUUGGUUCAAUGGUUUUGUUGAUUGUUAUAUCGGUUGUAGUUAUAAGUAUUGGUUUGAUUUAUUAUGUGAUUAGAAGGAGGAAGUUUGAGGAAGUUGUGGAAGAUUGGGAGCAGGAAUACCUCUUGCAGAGAUUUUCGUAUAAGGAUCUUUACAAAGCUACAAAAGGGUUUAAAGACAAGGAUCUUUUGGGAGCUGGAGGGUUUGGGAAGGUUUAUAAAGGGGUGUUAAAAUCACCUAAACUUGAAGUUGCUAUUAAGAAAGUUUCACAUGGUUCGGGCCAAGGAAUGAAGGAAUUUGUUGCCGAAGUUGCUUGUAUGGGACGAUUAAGACACCGAAACUUGGUACAACUUCUAGGGUAUUGUCGAAGGAAAGGCGAGCUUCUAUUAGUCUAUGAUUACAUGCCGAAUGGUAGUCUUGAUAAGUAUCUUUACGAAGAGGGCAAACCGAAUCUUUCAUGGAAUGCACGAUUCAAGGUUAUUCGAGGGGUAGCUUCUGCACUGGUAUACCUUCAUCAAGAGUGGGAGCAAGUCGUUAUACAUAGAGAUGUUAAAGCAAGUAAUGUCCUUCUAGAUGGGGAAAUGAAUGCAAGAUUAGGUGACUUUGGAUUAGCGAGAUUAUAUGAUCAUGGUACUAAUCCUCAAACUACUCAUGUAGUUGGAACUGUUGGAUAUCUUGCACCCGAGCUUACUCGAAAAGGAAAGGCGACUACUAGUACUGAUGUGUUCUCGUUUGGGGUAUUCAUCCUUGAAGUUGCUUGUGGGAAGAGUCCAAUUACCCUUCAAGGUUCAACCGAGGAAAUGUAUUUGCUCGAUUGGGUGUACGAAUAUUGGAAGAAAGGGAUGAUUAUUGAGGCAAGCGAUCCCAAAUUAGGAGGAGAGUAUGUUGUGUAUGAAAUAGAGCUAGUUUUAAAGUUAGGAAUACUCUGUUGUAAUCCAAGACCCGAAGGAAGACCAAACAUGAGACAAGUGAUACAGUUUUUGAAUGGUGAUGGGGCUUUGCCUGAGAUGAUUCCUUUUGAUGAUAAAGCUGCGUAUACGAAUUUCGAUAACAAUCGAAGUUUGGGUGCAUUUCCUGUAUCUUCUGCAGGCUCAUCUGCUUAUGCUUCACACAGCAAUGAUUCUACAGUAAAACUCGGUCGUUAGAUAAAACGAGGCCAUAUAACUAAGCCCAUUUCUCUAAGUGAUCACUUUGAAAUGUUAAUUGAUCACUUUAAGAUUAUAAGUGAUAAGUGAUAACUUUAAGACUAUAAAAAGUCAUCACUAUAAAAAUACAUGUGCUCACUUAAAGGUUAUCAAUUAUCAGUUUAAGAUAAUAAAUAUACAUUGAGCCAACCCAAUUAAAAUGGUCAUACCGUGAGACCUUUUCAUAUGAGAAUUUGUGGUAAAAUAAAUAGGAUCUAAAAAUUGAGUAUGUACUUUUAUUUUGUCACACCAUUGUAGUAUGUGUUAUGAUUCUAUGCAAAUAUAUAUGUUUAAUGUUAUA